ACCGGGACACAGUACGCGGAUUGGCGAACCUGCGCCAUAUCAACCCCGUCUGGUGGCGCAGAAUUCCGCGGUCGGAUCAAGCCAAGACAUUUUCCUUCUUCGUCGGAUACGUGGUGUCGGUGAGACGAGACUCUCAUCAAGUUUAGGGGGUUGAACUACGGGAAAACAGGAGCGAUUUCCCGAGAGUUUCCCGUGCGACAAACGGUUGGAGUAACGCGUCGGUGUCGCACGUGUCACUCGGGGGUCGAUACAGCAGGCUGCAGGAUGGUUUGAAAAAUCAUCGGCGGCGGCCCCUUUUUCCUCUCUAUUUGCAAUGCGAAGAGACCGAGAUCGAGAUAGAGACGGCGAUCGUAGAGAAGUCAUGAAGAAGUUUACGAUAAAGGGGGUCUUGGACAACUUCCGGGCGUCGGUGGCGCAGACCGCGAGACCUGAUCAAGAGAUCCAGGAGAAUCUCAAAACUGAACAUUUCCAGGUCAAACGGACGUUUCGCCAUGGAUUUCCAUUUAAUCCAACCGCAAUGGCUUACGAUCCCAUUCAAAAGCUUUUAGCAAUUGGCUCCAAAGGGGGAUCGCUCAGGAUAUUAGGACAACCGGGUGUGGACGUGCACGUGAGGCACGACAUGGACGGGCCGCCGAGUAGCGCCGCCGUUAUCCACCUUCAGUUUCUCAUCAAUGAGGGUGCUCUUAUUUCGGCCACCGCCGACGACUCUAUCCACCUGUGGAACUUCAAACAAGAGAAACUGCCGCAGUUGGUGCAAAGUCUCAAAUUCCAAAAGGAGAAGAUUACGUACAUGCAUCUACCUCUACAAUCAAAAUGGCUUUACGUAGGCACCGAACGCGGUAACGUUCAUAUCGUACACGUUGAGAAUUUCACUCUUAGCGGAUAUGUGAUUAAUUGGAAUAAAGCUAUGGAAGUGACAAGAAAAACUCAUCCUGGACCUGUAGUUCAUCUUAGCGACAAUCCAUUGGAUGCAAAUAAAUUGUUAAUAGGUUUCGAAUCUGGUCAAAUAGCACUUUGGGAUCUUAGAAAUAAAUCGGCGGACGUAAGAUUCCAAACGGCGGAACAGUUAAGAUCGAUUUGUUGGCAUCACGAUGGGAAACAAUUUAUGUGCUCACACGCGGAUGGCUCGUUAACGACGUGGACGACGAGGCAAAAUAAUAAACCCGUUCACGUUUCGCAACCGCAUGCAAAAGUGAACAAAGAUGGAAAAUUAGAACAGUGCAAGCCAAUCACAAAGAUAGAAUGGAAAUCUUCGAAAUCCGGAGAAUCGUAUGUGAUAUUCUCCGGUGGUAUGCCGUACGACCAACCCGGAAGGACACCGAGCAUAACGGUUGUUUUCAAUAAAACUACAACGGUCUUGGAAAUGGAACACAACGUCGUCGAUUUUAUAACAUUGUGCGAGUCGCCGUACACUAGCGAAUUACAAGAACCGUACGCAAUAAUAGCUCUACUUCAAAACGAUCUGGUCGUAAUGGAUCUUCAAACCGCCGGAUUUCCAUGUUUGGAGAAUCCGUAUCCGAUGGAUAUCCACGAAUCUCCCGUGACCUGCUGUAGCUAUCUCGUCGAUUGUCCGGCCGAUCUUAUCCCGGCAUUUUAUACGGUUGGAAAAUCGGGAUCGACGAAGAAAUCCGGAUUUUCCGAACGCGAAUGGGUUAUAAGUGGUGGAACUUGGUCCGCGCAAUCGUGCAGUUAUAGCGAAAUUAUUAUGACAGGACACGCUGAUGGAAGUAUUAAAUUUUGGGAUGCAAGCGCGGGCACCCUGCAAGUUCUUUACAAACUAAAAACAGCCAAGAUUUUUGAAAAACCAAAAGUUCGUUCGGUUGAUGGCGACGAAGAUCCGUUCGCCAUCGAACUUUUAUCAUUGUGUCCCGAAUCGAGAAAGUUGUGUGUUGCCGGGGCGAGCAGCCACGUUAUUUUAUUCUCGUAUAAAAAAACGGAAACGUCCGAGGAAGUUCCGGUGUUAGAAAUUCCAAUUGUUUAUGAAAUCCCGGACGAUUUAGAAUGUUCCCCGGAUUGUCAAGUUUCCGCUACCGGAAGCGGAGGUUCCACAAGUCGAUUAGACAUGUUGGAUUUCGACAAUAAACGAGAUAUCUCCUGCUCUCUAAAGGUUCGUCCUGGAAUCCAAAAGAAACUUCCCGGAUUUCAAGCGCAACUUGUUUGUCUAACCCCGCAUAACAACGGGGAACCACCGAGUAAAAUAACAGCAUUAACUCUCAAUAGUUCUUACGGAUUAAUGGCUUAUGGAAACGAAGCCGGAAUUGUGAUAGUAGAUAUAGAGCAAAAAGUCUGCUUGUUAAAUGUGGGCAGUCCGGAUUUGUACGGGGCUCAAGAUCCGUAUUCGAGAGCGUUGCGAAGUCCGAAAAGAAACAAUCCUUGCGGGGGAGAUGGUUUGGGAAUCGAUCGGGAUGAAAGACAGCCGAGAAGUCCGAGUAUUGAUCAGAUGGAGUCCAGUCCUAUCCAAUGCCCUUGUCCUACUCCCACUGAGUCCUCCGCCGUCGCGUGCGAGGCGGCCGAAGAGGAGCUACAACAACCACCUCCAGCUCAAGGGACCAGAAGACGUCAAUCGAUGUGGAAAACGUUUUCGAAGCCGUUUUCAAAGCCGGAUCAAAAAAUCAAGGAAAAAAGGAACUCAAUUUUUUACCCGGAUGUUUCGCCGAGUCAAGAGGAAUUCGACGAAUUAUCAUCGGAUUCGCAAGAAUCCGUCGAUGAGAACACGGUCGUCGAAAACCAAAAAUCACCACCGAAACAGCAAAAAAGUUACGAUGAAACCGAAGCGGAUGAAGACGUUCCGAUUAUUAUUGGUUCUUUGGGUAGCCAAGAGGAGGCGAUUAUUAAACACAAACAAACGAUGAUGGGGCGAAGGAUGACGAGGCCGAUACACUUAGAUUUGUACGACGAGAAUGGGGCACCCGUUCGACCACCUCGACGUAAAAAAGAAUUAGAAUUAAAUCGAAGACGCGAUAAUCGAUUAUUAUCCGUUCCGAUAAUCAAAUUCCAAAAGAAUGAUUUGCAAAAAUUGAAGGAUUUGCGCGACAAAAGCGAACGGGAAGCGGUUAAUCCACCACCGACAACUUCUUUCGCGGGGAACCUCAUGAGGCGAUUGAGUCGCGUAGACAAGUUGGAUAACUCCUUCUCAAGAUCAAGAUCCAGUUCGAUGAGUUCUUUGGAAAACAUCACUUCGGAAGCUAUUCAAUGUUUAGCUUUUGCGGAUUCUUACGCUAAACGUUCAGAGCCACACAGUUUAACACCAACGCUUUGGGUUGGAACAAGUCUUGGAUCGGUUUUAACGAUCCUAAUAACUCCGCCAGAUCAAGACAGUCGAUCGUCACAGCCUGUGGUCGUUUCGUUGGUGGGGGUCACAAUUUUCCGCCUGAAAGGGUGCAUUUUGAACAUGUCCUUUUUGGAUUGUAACGGCUCCCUAAUUCCGUACACGUUCGAAUCUUGGCGCGACGAUUUUAGAGAGAAGAAAUCGGAUCGAACGCCGACCAAAUGCCCGAACAGGAUGAGUCCGACGUUAAGCGGUGAAUCUCAAAAUAAGACCGAUUCGUUCGGAGAUAGACAAUUUGUGGUUAUCGCGAGCGAUAAACAGGCUCGUGUUGUCGCUUUGCCAUCGCAAACUUGCGUGUAUCGACAGCAAAUUGCCGAUGCUGAUUUUGUGGUUAAAGCUGAAAUCGUUUUGUUGAGAGAUAGCGUUUGCUUGGUUUGUUUUGUGUCUAAUGGACAUUUGAUGACGUAUAGUUUGCCGAGUCUUCGUCCUUUAAUAGAUAUUCACUUCUUACCUUUAUCGGAGUUAAGUUUCCAGACACAAACUAAGAAGGGCAUUGUAGACCCUAUGUUGUCCAUAUGGGGCCAACAGCUGAUCAUUAACGAAGACACGGAUCAAAUUGCAAGAACGUUUUGCUUCAGUAAUCGGGGACAAGGAUUGUACCUGUGCUCGCCUUCCGAGUUGCAAAAGUUUACUUUGUGUGCUGAUUUUUGCACGAAUUUAUCUGAAAUGUUAGGUGAAUUAUAUAUAACUGCGGAAAUGCCGGAACCACCAAAAGAAGGAUUUUUCAAAGGGCUUUUUGGAGGAGGGGUUCGAUCUUUAGACAGAGAGGAACUUUUUGGUGAAGCAAGUGGAAAAGCAAACAAAGCAGUUGCCAAACACGUUCCGGGAGUGAUGCAAGAAUUAAAUUCUAGAGUACUUUCUUCGACGAGCGAAAUAAGUCGUGCGCACAAACUGGCAAUGGAACGCGGCGAAAAAUUAAAUAAAUUGGAGGAUUCGGCAGAGAGGAUGCGUAACGAGGCGGAGAAUUUCGCUUCAACGGCACACAGUUUAAUGUUAAAAGAAAAAGAUAAAAAAUGGUAUCAAUUGUAAAUAAGCGGCGGACGGUUCCUCUUUGUUAUUAACAGAAUUUUUAAAAGAAUUCGAAUGUUUAGUAAUAGUUUACGAAUCAUCCAAAAAGAAAAUCUUAAAGAAAAUAUAAAAAUUAGAGGUUACUUUUAAAUUUUAUUGUAAGUAAACUGUUGUUAAAUUUUCAAUUCUAAUACUUAAAACGCGAAAUGUGAUAUAUUACCGUUCUUAAAUUGUUAUCCCCUUACUUUAUUUCAUGUUAUUACUACUACUGUUAGUACUCCGCACUUGAAAAAGUACGCUCGAAAAAAAAAUUUCUUUGAGGCGAUUCUAAAAAUAUAUCUAAAUCGAUACGAAUUGUUGGACUUUGUGACGGUUAAGAUUCAAUUUAAAACAAAAAAACUGUUCGUAGGAUUGAAAAGUUGUAAAUUAAAUUGUUAAUCUUUCAGAAAUCAUUGAUGAAUAACCACGAAAGGAAAUUAUGUAUAAAAAGUAAAAGUAACUUUAGGUAGUGUUUGCAAUUUUUAUAUACAGAAUAAAAAAUAAUAAAGUGUUUUAACUCUAGGGAACCUUUAUAGAAUUGCAAAAUAAUAAAGAAAAAUUGCAUUCUUAUUUCGUACGUUUAUAAGCGACUUUAAUCGUUAUAAACUCGAUGCUGAAACUUAAUUUUGAAAUGUGUACGCAGAUUAGUUCAUUUCUUAUUGUUCGUAACGUUCGGAAGACAAUAAAAUACUGCAUAUUUCCAUUUUUCCCACCAGAAUGCAAGUUAAGAAAAGGAUAAAAAAAUUUAAACCCCACAACUUGUAAAACGUUCAAGUAUAAACGUUAAAUUAAAUAUUAAAACGGCGGUUAGAAAGUAUAAUUAAAUCUGUUAUUCGAAAUACUAAUCUAACUCUAACUGUCUCUGUAAAUUACGUUUCCUUAAAACACGAUGGUGUAAAGAAAAUUAUUUGUCUUCCUCUUUCGAUUUUAACUAAUGCCAAAUAUAUAUAUAUUUAAAAUUGAAGUAUUAAAAUUUAAAGAUGCAAAAAAAAUGCGAAAAAACUAAAUGUACGUAGAGAGUAGAGUGACUGUCCGUUGCUAUAGGUGAAACAAAAAUCAUACGGUUAGUGAUUAUUAAAAAAGAAAUGUACCAUAUAAGUCCUACUAAUCAUUCCUAGUUUGUCUCACGAAAAAGACACACACUACACAGAGAUACACCUAUAUCGUACUAACAAUAAGCGCAGAGCGAUUAAUCGCAGGAAAGAGAUGUAUUUAAUUUAAUUUUAUCUUUUUUUCUUUAGUCGAAUUUCGUUUUUAAUUUCUAUAUGUAAAUAUAAAGUAUAAAAAGAUUAUUUUCACGUCAAAUAUAUAUUAUAUUGUACACAUAUACAUCUGUUACAGAGUAAAUAUAUAUUUAAAGAAUAAUAUAAUUACAAAAAAAUGAGAAAUGGGAACAAUUAAACAAAUCGCACAUUAACGCGAUGCCGCAUGCCACUGCGCGAUAUACUCAGAUGAAAAUAUAAAAAGAUUAAAAUACAGAAGGCGCCUUGUUUUUACUAAACUGUAUCCGAUUUCGUUCCCCGUUUCCGAUAUUUUCUUGUUAUAAAAAAAGCUUAGUGUUGCCAGAAAUCAUAUUAAAUAAUCACUAUUGUUCUAUCAAUAAAGGAUGAUUUAUUUACAA